AUCCACAGCCACUCAGGGCCGCCAUUGAUUCUUCUUCCAUUCCCCUCUUCCUUACUCCCAUUCUCAACCCUUUUCCGAUUACCUAUUUCGUUAUUCUGCUCCAAUGGCCCUCGCUUCUUCCAAAGUUUCUUCCUUUUCUGGGUUUUCUCCCUCAGCCUUUGUUGGGGAUGCUCAGAGAAAACCAACUUUGCUAUCUUCUUCUCUCAGCUUUGCUUUCUCUUCCACCCCUUCUUCUCUGAGCCUCGAUAAGAAAUUUGGAGGCAGAAACCUUAGGGUUUGUGCAUCAACCGCACCUCUCACUGGGGUGAUAUUCGAACCGUUCGAGGAGGUUAAGAAAGGUGAACUUGCGGUUCCGACAGCACCUCAAGCUUCAUUGGCUCGUCAGAUAUAUGCUGAUGAGUGCGAAUCUGCAAUUAACGAACAGAUUAAUGUGGAAUACAACGCUUCCUAUGUGUACCACUCUUUGUUUGCAUACUUUGACAGGGACAACGUGGCUCUCAAAGGAUUAGCCAAGUUUUUCAAGGAAUCUAGUGAAGAGGAAAGGGAACACGCUGAAAAGCUUAUGAAAUAUCAGAACAUCCGUGGUGGAAGAGUUGUACUUCACGCCAUCAAGAAUGUCCCUUCUGAAUUUGAGCAUGUGGAAAAGGGCGAUGCAUUGUAUGCAAUGGAAUUGGCUUUGUCUUUGGAGAAGUUAGUAAAUGAGAAACUUCUGAAUGUUCACAGUGUGGCAGAUCGCAACAAUGACCCUCAAAUGGCAGACUUCAUUGAAAGCGAGUUUUUGUCUGAACAGGUUGAAUCAAUUAAGAAGAUAUCAGAGUUUGUGUCUCAAUUGAGAAGAGUUGGAAAGGGUCACGGUGUUUGGCACUUCGAUCAAAGACUGCUUCACGAGGAAGAAGCUGCUUGAUGUUGUUAAUAGCCUUCGUUUAAAUUUGGUCUUUUCUGAAGUUCUGGGCUGUUUUCUACUGUAGAAUAGUAUUUAAGUGUUUCUCCCAUGUACUGAGAUUUAGGAACUGAGAGUAAUGUAAUUGCUAGUUUCUCAGGUAAAAGGCUUCAGGCCUAUCUAUUAUGUAAUAACAUCUAAUAACUGCUUUCAAUGAAGACACUCUCAGAUGUUUUGGAAAUUUCGGUAAAACUGGUGUCUAGAUACUGCAGAGUGCUAGGGAAAGUAAAAUCCCUCCCAUGAGUAAUUGAAGGCCACCACCCAUGUACCUUCGAAUUAAAAAUAUCAAGAACACCACCUU